UAUAGCGUUUCAAUCUCCUUUUUGGGUGUUGCGUUGAUGGAGAGCUCUCUCGUAGCUCUCCCACUGUUUCUUCAAAUCUGAGAAGGCGUUGUUGCUAUUGAAGAUUGCUGCCCUCGCGAAGAUCCGCUCCGCUGCUUGCAUAUACAUUGAUGGGUGUCGGCUGUCGAUGUGGGCGCCUUGAUGGGCUUUGCGAUGGAGUCAACCACCAAUGCGGGAUUGGCCAUGGCGAGCUCCGUUGCUAUAGUGGAGUCGACCACCGAUGCAAGGUCGACCAUAGCAGGCUCUGCUGCUGCAGUAGAAUCGACCGCCAAUGCGGGGUUGGCCAUGGCGGGUUCUGCUGUUGUAGUAGAGUUGACCGUGGUGGGCUCUGCUGUUGUUGUCGCGGGCUUUGCUAUUGCAAUGGAGUCGCCAGCCAUUGCGAGAUCAAUUGUGGUGGGCUCUGCUGUGGCUGUGGCGGGCUCCCAUAUCGGAGUAGCAUCAAAUCCAUGAAAUAUCAAUAUGGAUUUGGAGUGAGGUGGUUUACUAUGUGUUCUCCCACUCCAUGAUGUAUCAAAAUAUGGUUGUUGUAGAAAGGCUGGUGAUUUUGAGUAGACUAGCAAUGCUUGAAUUGUUUAGAAUAGGUUUCUUGUUUUGAAUUGAGAGGAAUAGGAUACAUGCCUAGUUGAGAUAGGUACUGAAAAGGUUUCUCUUUAGGAAGAGAUUUUAUAAAUACAUCUGCUGUCAUAUGUGUGGUUGGCACAUAUUGUAAUUUAAUUUCCUUGGCAAGUAUCUUUUCUCUUGUGAAA